AUGACAAUUACCCACAGAGAUCUGAAAAUAUCAGACAAGAGUGUGGAAGUUCCUAGUACUCACGAGGACCUUUCAGUGCUUCACAAUUACUACUGGUCUGCUCAUAAAGAACCACAUGCCAUUAGAAGACAAGCGAUCAUAAAGAAGCAUCCAGAGGUUCAGAGAUUGAUGGGCCACGAGCCAUUAACCAAAUGGAUUGUCAUUGGGGUAGUGUCGUUGCAGCUGUCGCUAGCGUACUACUUGAGAAACACGCAUCCUUUCACUUGGAAAUUUUUCAUCAUUGCGUAUGUGUUUGGUGCUACUGCUAACCAGAACAUCUUCUUAGCCAUCCACGAAUUGUCGCACAAUCUAGCCUUCAAGAAGCCUAUCCACAAUAAGCUGUUUGCAAUUUUCACGAAUACGCCAAUUGGUAUUCCAUACAGUGCGUCGUUUGGGCCGUACCACCAAUUGCAUCACAAGUUUUUAGGCGAUGAGCUAUACGAUACCGAUAUUCCUACCAGAUACGAAGCGGUUCUUCUUUCUAAUAUCUUGGGGAAAUCGUUCUUCGCUACGUUCCAGAUUCUAUUCUAUGCAUUCAGACCUAUGUUUGUCACCAGCAUCAAGUUCACGUACAUCCAUCUGUUGAAUGUCGUGUACCAGUUGGUGUUCGAUUACGUGUGGAUUACAAAAUUCGGAAUGUACUCCUACGCGUACUUCAUCAUGUCAUCGUUCCUUGCCGGUUCUCUACAUCCUACUUCGGGCCAUUUCAUUGCUGAGCAUUACCUAUUGAACCUUGAAGAAGCGAUUGUUGGAGGGAAACUCAUGUUGAAGCUAACUCCAGCCGAGAAGAAGCCAAUUUACGUUACAGACACGUCGAAAGUCUCUAGAGAUGACGUCGAAUUCAAAGAGGAAUACGCUCUGGAAACGUACUCAUACUAUGGGAUCCUCAACUUCUUCACUUGGAACGUGGGCUUGCAUAAUGAGCACCACGACUUCCCGUUCGUCGCAUGGUCCAAGUUGUGGGAGUUGAAUAAGAUGUGCCCCGAAUUCUACAACGAUCUACCAAGGCACACCUCCUGGUGCAAGGUCUUGUACGACUUCAUUACCAAGGAUGACAUCGUCCUCUACAAUAGAGUCAAGCGUGUCAACAAGGACUAUGAACAAUCAAAGCCAUGA